AUGUUCAUGGAAGGAUUGGGAGGUUCUGCAGAAAUACGUCCCGCGAAUCCGGUCUUUGAGAUCCAUGUAGCAGCGGGACGGGGACCUCGAUGUUGCAACAUCUUGAAGGCUCUUCGACAGUCACCUGUUGCUCAACCGCCCCUCCCAAACUUGCAGCGACUUGAUUACCGCUGCUACGUUUCCAAAGACUAUCAUCUCCUGGAUAUUUUCUUCGUGCCAUCCCUGAUAGAUCUCACUAUCGAGGUUCAUCCUGCCAGCUUUCCCGAUGUUUCAUUCAUCUCACCCCUUGCCAUCUUUCCGUCUUUUCGGUUAAAUCUCCCACGAACUCAUCAUGGCCACUGUGUCAAAUGUCGUUAUGAGCCUUCCUCAUCUUCGGAUGCUCCAUUGCGAUCAAUUCAGCCAAGCAGCGAUCACUUUCGUCGCAUGGCACCCAUCCCAUCACUGACCGAGCUGGACAUCAGUAUCCCAAGCGGCCUUCCAUACAAUCUUCCACAAUUUCCGCAUCCUACUCUCCCUAGGCUACCACCCUUUUCCCAGAUCAAAAGCUUUGGUAUGAAUUCCGUUCGUCUGACCACCAUCAGUGCAUUUAUCAAGGCGAUCCAAUCAUCUUCUUCUCACUUGCGUUUGCGACAAGCCAGGCGUCGUCACCUGAAGAUUUAGAGGGAUUUUUCAGUAUCUUGUCAAAUCAAUGGAAACAUGAAUUUCUUCAAAUUCUUCAACUGAAGUCAUCUCUCCCGGGUGCACCCAUUGAUACAAACACCAUCAAGCCUCUACUUCACUUCUCAAAGUGCGAGAACUUCACCUCUUGACGGGAAACCCCAUCCGGGUGUUCUCUGCUAUGGGCGAUUCUUGGCCUGACUUCGAAGUCAUCAACCUCAAUGACGGAUAUGCGGAGGCGGACCCACCCACGACCACUCUGUGUGGCCUCAUCUUACUGGUAAACAAGGUAAUACCGGGAGCAAGGUAUGUAUAGUAGGUACAGCGCGCUAAAUAUGGAUGGAUGAGUGCUAAAUAUGGACGGCGCAGCCCAAAUAUGUACCGGAU